AUGCAUGAAGGGAAAGAAACAUUUUCAUUUGGGAACAUGGAUUCAGGAGUUGUUGUAAGUCGAAAAGAGCUGAUAGAAUGGGUCAACAGCUUUCUAAAAUUAAAUAUUACAAAAAUUGAGCAAUGCUCAAAUGGAGCAAUUUAUAUACAAUUAUUAGAUAUCCUAUUUCCAAAUAAAUCUGUUUUACAUAAAGCAAAAUGGAAUGCCAGAAUGGAAUAUGAAUGUAUAAUAAACUAUAAACUAAUACAAAGUGUUUUUAAUAAAUUAGGAAUAAAAAAAGAUAUGGAUAUAGAUAAACUUAUAAAAGGAAAAUAUCAAGAUAAUCUAGAAUUACUACAAUGGUUUAAAGCAUUUUUUGAAAGACUUGUUGAUUAUAAUAAUGAGGAAAUUGCUAAUUAUGAUGCUAUGGAAAGACGGAAAAUAUGUAUAUUAGGAGAGAGAGGAGAUUAUAAACUUUUAAAUAACUAUAUGCCAGAUUGGGCAAAAGUUGAUUUAAAUCUUAUAAAAGAUAAAAUUGUUUCAAAUAAUUCCAAAAAAAAUACGGACCCUAUACCCAAUACAUAUCAAAAUAUGAACACUACAAACUUAAUUCCAACUUCAAGCAGUUCAGCAAAUAUCCAGUCUAACAUUAAUACAAAGAACAACCAAACUACAAAUAAUAUUCAUUCUCAUAACAAUCGUAGUAGAAGUUUAAGUAGAAAAGAUUUAAAAAGAAAUGAAAAACCUAAUAAUUUAGCUAGUACAACUAUUAAGUAUAAUAAUUCUCAUACUUCGAAAGACAUAAGUUUUCAAAAAAAAAAAUUAACAACAAUGGGACCUGAUACUAUUAAGACAAACAAUAGAUUAUCCAUUCUAAACAAAUUAACUUCUCAAAGUACUAUGCCUUCAUAUUAUAAUAAAAAUAGUAUAUCUGAAAACUCAAAAGAUAAUAUAUCAUUAAUUGAUCAAAAUAAAAAAUUAAAAAAUUUAUUGGAAAAUAAAAAUCAAGAAAUUAUAUUAUUACAAAAUAAAUUACAAGAAGAACAAUGUGAAAAAAAAAUUAUUUUAUUUGAAAAAAAUUUUUAUUAUAAUAAGUUAAGAUUUUUAGAAUUGUUAUGUCAUCAAACAAAUAAUGAUUCCAUACUAAUAAAUGAUAUACAUCAAAUAAUAUAUGCACGAGAAAACACCUACUUUCAUCAAACAAUCUCGACACAAAAUCAAGAAGAUACUAAUGAUGAUGGAAAUAACAACGGGAUUAUCCAAAACAACAAUGACUGCACUGAGCAGUAUGGAAUGGAAAAUGGUGAGCAACAUGCCAUCGGUUCUCAUAUAGAAUAA